AUGCAGAUAACAACACUGCAGAGGAACUCUCUGAUGACCUCCACCGUGGGGCUCUUCCAGGUGGUGCAGUACUUGGCUGGCUGUGGUCUCCAGAGCUGCUCCAUGCUCGUGUCUAAAGGAUACCCUGACAUCGGCUGGAACCCCGUGGAAGGAGAGAGAUACCUCGACUUCCUCCGCUUCGCAGUGUUCUGCAACGGUGAGAGUGUGGAGGAGAACGCUAACGUGGUGGUGAGGCUGCUGAUUCGUCGUCCCGAGUGCUUUGGCCCCGCCCUGCGCGGAGAGGGGGGGAAUGGUCUCCUGGCAGCCAUGAUGGAAGCCAUCAAGAUAUCAGAGGACCCCUGUAGAGACGGGCCCUCCCCUACCUCAGAGGCCAGCAGGACACUCAGUGAGGUGUUAUUGGAGGAUGAGGAAGACGACACUAUUCACAUGGGAAACGCUAUAAUGACCUUCUACGCAGCCCUCAUAGACCUGCUGGGGCGCUGUGCCCCUGAGAUGCACCUGAUUCAUGCUGGGAAGGGUGAGGCCAUCAGAAUACGAGCCAUCCUACGUUCCCUGAUCCCCAUAGAGGACCUGGAAGGAGUGAUCAGCAUCCCGUUCCCCAUGCCAACUCUGGCCAAAGAUGGGUCGGUGGUAGAGCCUGAUAUGUCAGCGGGGUUCUGUCCGGACCACAAGGCAGCCAUGGUGCUGUUCCUGGACCGGGUCUACGGUAUAGAGGACCAGAACUUCCUGCUUCAUCUGCUGGAGGUGGGCUUCCUGCCUGACCUCAGGGCUGCUGCCUCGCUCGACACAGCUGCUCUGAGCUCUACAGACAUGGCCCUGGCCCUCAACAGGUACCUGUGUACAGCUGUUCUUCCCCUGCUCACUAAGUGUGCCCCGCUGUUCGCUGGGACAGAGCCCUACGCCUCGCUCAUAGACUCUCUACUUCACACCGUCUACCGGCUCUCUAAAGGAUGCUGCCUCACCAAGGCUCAGAGAGACGCUAUCGAGGAGUGUUUGCUGGCUACCUGUGGUCAACUGAGGCCGUCCAUGAUGCAACACCUGCUGAGGCGCUUGGUGUUCGAUGUUCCUCUCCUCAACGAACACACCAAGAUGCCUCUCAAGCUGUUGACCAAUCACUACGAGCGUUGUUGGAAGUACUACUGUCUGACGGGCGGCUGGGGGAGCUUUGGGGCGUCGUCGGACGAAGAGCUGCAUCUCUCCAGGAAGCUGUUCUGGGGCAUCUUCGAUGCUCUGUCUCGCAAGAGGUACGACCAGGAGCUGUUUAAACUGGCUCUCCCGUGUCUGAGUGCCGUGGCCGGGGCACUGCCACCUGACUACAUGGAGAGUAACUAUGUGGCCGUGAUGGAGAAACAGUCCUCUAUGGACCCCGAGGGAAACUUCAACCCACAGCCAGCAGACACCACCAAUGUGAACGUCCCGGAGAAGCUGGAUCACUUUGUCACUAAAUACGCUGAGCAUUCACAUGACAAGUGGUCCAUGGACAAGUUUUCCAACGGCUGGGUUCACGGAGACAAGGUGUGUGAGGCCUCUAAAGUCCACCCUCUCCUCAAGCCCUAUAAAGGGCUGUCAGAGAAGGAUAAAGAGGUGUAUCGUUGGCCUAUCAAGGAGUCUCUGAAGACGAUGGUGAUGUGGUGCUGGAGCAUAGAGAGGACCAGGGAGGGAGACCCAGCCAGCCUAAUGCACAGAGCACAGUAGGAUCUCUCAGAUCAGCCAGCAACACUCUGUCGAAGGAGCUCCAGGUUUCAGCCCCAGACCCAUCGACAUGAGCAAUGUGACACUGUCCCGGGACCUGCAC